AUGGCAGCGCCUACACCUACAGAGGGCGCCGGACCCCUCUUUCUCGGCCUGGACGCCUCGACUCAAGCGCUCAAAGCCUCCCUUCUCUCGUCUGACUUAGAUGUCCUCGCCGAGGCGGCCGUCAACUUCGAUGCGGACCUCCCUACUCUCCGGACGCGCGGAGGUGUCCAGAUGGGCCCGCAAGGGAGCGGUGAGGUGUUCUCGCCAGUCAUGAGUCUGCCUAUGGCGCUGGAUCUAUUGAUGGAGCGGAUCAAGGAGAAGGGUUGGGAUAUGAGUCGGAUCCGGGGAGUAUCGGCCGCUGGGCAGCAACACGCCUCGGUGUACUGGUCCAAAGCCUCCAGCCAGAUCCUAGGAGCUAUCGACCCCGCCAAGCCCCUCACUCCUCAGCUCAAAGACGCCUUCUCCCGGCAGACCAUCCCCAACUGGCAAGACUCAUCCACAACCACCGAAUGCCGCGAGCUCGAAGCCGCCUUUGCAGGACCUGAAGGCCUAGCCAAAGCCACAGGCUCAAAAGCUCACGAACGCUUCACCGGGGCCCAAAUCAUGCGGUUCCGGAAGCGCGAGCCGGAAGCUUACGCCGCGACGGACCGGAUCUCUCUCGUCAGUUCGGCCAUCACGACGCUGCUCUGUCUGGAUGGCGAGGUGAAGGGGAUAGACGAGAGUGAUGCGUGCGGCAUGAAUCUCUGGACGAUGGAUACGGCGGAGAGGGGAUGGAACGGGAAGGUCCUGCAGGCUGUUGCGGGUGCUGAUGGGGUGGAGGAGUUGAAGCGAAAGUUGGGCAGGGUGGAGACUGACGGCGGGAGGGCAGUGGGGAGGAUAGGGAGGUGGUUUGUGGAACGCUAUGGGUUCAGUCCCGAAUGUUGCGUCUUUCCGGGAACAGGCGACAAUCCAGCUACAUUUCUCAGUCUUACCCUCCGCCCUUCAGAAGGUCUGAUAUCGAUGGGCACAUCCGAUGUCGUCCUCGUCUCGACCAACAACUAUCGCCCCCACCCCGAAUACCACGCAUUCUUCCAUCCCGCCCAGAUCGCCCCUUCCAGCCCUCACGAUCUCGACAAUACCAGUAAAGAGAACGCUCGACUCCGAUACUUCAACAUGCUCGUAUACAAAAAUGGCUCGCUCGCUCGUGAACAUGUCCGGGAUCUAUACUUCCACAAAUCAUGGGACAAGUUCAACGAGGCUGCCGAGUCGAAGCGGCCCAAAACGGCGGAUGAGCUCCCGACGGAUACCGCUUUCUGGUGGCUUUUGCCUGAUAUCAUCCCUGACAACGCUCACGGCGUCUUCCGCUACACAUCCCCACGCACCUCGAACCCCUCAAAAGACGCCACCACCGCCACCCUCAUCCCCGAGCACGCCGACAUUGCCAGCAACGCCCUCUCCAUCCUCUCCUCUCAGCUGCUCAACUACCGUUCCCGCUCUGCCGCCAUUCUCGAUGCUCCCACCGAUGGAUCUCUCGCCAGCCUCAACAGGGUUUACGCGACCGGCGGGGCCUCUGCCAAUCCCACCAUCUUGUCUCUUAUGGCAGACAUCCUUGCCGCCCCGGUGGUCAAGAAUGUAGACUUUGAUCCUGCCACGCAGAGAUGGACGGACGUUCACUGGAACGCGUGCUCUGUGGGGGUCGCAUACAAGGCGCGAUGGGGAUGGGAGCGGCUGCAUGCGGAGGGAGGGCGGAAGUGGGCCGAGUUUGACACGGUCGUGCAGGAGUGUCGGGAGCGACGGGCGGAGAGGCGUAAAGCAGCGAAUGGCGGAGGUGAGGGGAUAGAUUUGGAGGAAGAGGGGAUCAGGGCGGUGGCUGUGCCGACGGAGGCGUCCGAGGCGUGGGAGAAGAGUGUGGAGUGGUGGAGAGUGUUGGAGGCUAGAGCGGUGAUAGGCAAGUAG